UCACACCUAUGUCAAACUUAGCCCAACCCCUCUUGCACCCUGUGCCCCACUGCCAGUUGCCCAUGUGGGGUUUUUAAUAAGGUGGAUGCAGGAGUAGGUCUUGCUCUCUUCUGGGUGACGCGGAUUGGAAGGGAUUCUUCAUACUUUCAUCUACUUGUUUUGCUUCUCUUUUUUUUUACACCCCACCUUCAUUUACUUCCUGACACUGUAAAUACAUCUACAUUAUCUUAGAGAGGAGCCAUGAAGUGGACCUGGGUGCUUGUGGCAGUCUUGCUGUCCUUUGGGGCGCUAUCGCUGGGCAAGGAGAGCCUGGACUUCCCUGAGUAUGAUGGCAAGGACCGCGUGCACGACCUCAACGCCAAGAACUAUAAGUCUGUGAUGAAGAAGUACGACGUCAUGGUGGUGUACUACCAUGACCAUCCCGGAUCCAGCCGCGUCGCCCAGAGACAGUUUGAGAUCGAAGAGUUGGCCCUUGAGCUUGCAGCCCAAGUCCUGGAUGAGUUUGAUGAUGAGGAUAUUGGAGUUGGUCUCAUUGAUGCAAAGCUCGACAAGGCUGUUGCAAAGAAGUUAGGCAUUGAAGAGCCCGACAGCAUCUUCAUCUUCACAGACGAUGAAAUCAUAGAGUAUGAUGGCGAGCUUGCAGCAGACACUCUUGUGGAGUUCAUCUAUGAUGUUAUUGAGGACCCAGUGGAAAUUAUUGACAAUAGUAAGGAACUGAAGGGCUUUGAAAACGUCGAAGAGGACAUCAAACUGGUGGGCUACUUUAAGAGUCACAAGUCAGAACAUUUUGAGGCUUUUGCUGAUGCUGCUGAAGAGUUCCAUCCUCACAUCCAGUUCUUUGCCACAUUCAAUGCCAAGAUCGCCAAGGCUCUGGAGCUGAAGCUUAAUGAGGUCGACUUCUAUGAACCCUUCAUUGAUGAUCCAGUGCUCAUCCCUGGAAAACCUUACUCUGAGGAUGAACUGGUGAAGUUCAUUGAAGAUAAUGACAGACCAACCCUGAGGAAGCUGCAACCCCACAACAUGUACGAGAUCUGGGCUGACGAUGUCGACGGUGAACAUAUCAUUGCUUUCGCAGAGGAGGCUGACCCAGAUGGUUUUGAGUUCCUGGAGAUCCUGAAGCAAGUGGCUGAGGACAACACCGACAACCCUGACCUCAGCAUUGUCUGGAUUGACCCUGACGACUUCCCUCUGCUUCUCCCUCACUGGGAAAAGACUUUCGGAAUUGACCUGUCCCACCCUCAGAUCGGUGUUGUCGACGCUGAUGAUGCCGACAGUGUGUGGCUGGACAUGGACGAUGGCGAAGACUUGCCCUCUGCUGAUGAGCUGGAGGACUGGAUUGAGGAUGCUCUGUCAGGUGAAAUCGAUCCUGAUGAUGAUGAUGAUGAUGAUGAUGAUGAUGAUGACGACGAUGACGAUGAUGAUGACGACGAUGAUGACGACGACGAUGAUGAUGACGACGACGAUGACGAUGAUGACGACGACGAUGACGACGACGACGACGACGAUGAUGACGACGACGACGACGAUGACGACGACGAUGACGAUGACGAUGAUGACGACGAUGACGACGAUGAUGACGACGACGAUGACGAUGAUGAUGAUGAUGACGAUGAUGAUUACUAAAUCAUUAAGUCAUAAUUUACUCGUUAAGUCUGACCAAUGCAGUUUCAAGAGUCAACAUCAUUUACUCUAUCAAAUCAUCAUCUUUUGUAACAAGUUCUUACGUUGAACUCGUCAGCUCAUUUUGAUAUCUUUUCAUCAUCCUCUCUCUGCAUCCCACAGAACAAUAUUCCAUUACCUGUUUAUCCCUCCCCUCUACACAUAUUCACCAAUCCUUCAUGUAAGAAAGUACUCUCUAAGAUGCCACAGUGCCUUUAUUCCCACAUGUAACACUGUCUGGUACAAUAAAAAAAGAAAUUCUUUCAAAACCUUGCCAUCUACUGCUAUUGAUUUUUAUAUUAUUAAAGUUUUUAUUUUCCUAAGUACUGGAGAGGUUGCAUUGUUUUAUGCAUUAUGUCUGAGUCCAUCUGUGGAGUCUGUUGCCGUUUGAAUGUCUUUUAUUUGUGUUCACAAAUUUUCUUGUUUUCCCCAGUAUUGAAACAACUGAGGUCAGAUCCAAGGGUGCUAGCAGGCUUUUCUGUCGGGUCCUAAGUAUCACCCGCCUGCUCUGUGAAAUCAAUGUAAUGCUGUACACUGAAAGUGCUGUACAUCAUAUGGAUGUUUUCUACAAUGAUGACUUAUAAUAUCUACAGCAAUAUUCUAUUUUUGUAACAAGAGACAUUUAACGUACUGUAAAGUCUUAAAUAAAUGACCGCUUGGACAGAAACCCCA